GGUUUCUGGACGGCAGCCGACGCUUGUCUCCCUCCGCGCCGGGGCCUCGGCGUGAGGGAGGCGCGCGAGGCGGCUGGCAGGCGGCCGGUGCUGAGGGGGCCCGGCGGAGGAGCAGGCCCGCGGCGACGGGAUGUUCAAGAACACGUUCCAGAGCGGCUUCCUGUCCAUCCUCUACAGCAUCGGGAGCAAGCCGCUGCAGAUCUGGGACAAGAAGGUGCGGAACGGCCACAUCAAGCGCAUCACCGACAAUGACAUCCAGUCACUGGUGCUGGAGAUCGAGGGCACCAACGUCAGCACCACGUACAUCACGUGUCCCGCUGACCCAAAGAAGACGCUGGGGAUCAAGUUGCCGUUUCUGGUGAUGAUCAUCAAAAACCUGAAGAAGUACUUUACUUUCGAAGUGCAGGUGCUGGAUGAUAAAAAUGUGCGCCGACGGUUCCGUGCCAGUAACUACCAAAGCACCACCCGGGUCAAGCCUUUCAUCUGCACCAUGCCCAUGCGCCUGGAUGAUGGCUGGAACCAGAUCCAGUUCAACCUGUCGGACUUCACUCGCCGGGCCUAUGGCACCAACUACAUUGAGACCCUGAGAGUCCAGAUCCAUGCAAACUGUCGCAUCCGCAGGAUUUACUUCUCUGACAGACUUUACUCUGAGGACGAGCUUCCUGCUGAGUUCAAACUUUACAUUCCUGUCCAGAACAAGGCAAAGCAAUGAUGGCGUGAUGGGGAGCCUCCGGCAGAAACAAUGUGAAGAUGCUGAUGGAAGAGUAUUUUUUUAAAAUUAGAAACAAAAUGUAGGUGUGGAUUUCCUUGAGUAACUAUAUUUAAUAACAGUUGAUAUCUGUGAUGCUGGGACCAAACAAAACAAAAUAUAUCAUUGUUCCGUGUGAGAGAUGGAUCGGGCUCCACUUUGAAGUUGUGGAUCACUCCUAGGGAGACCAUGAAUCGUGGAACUGAUUUGCCUAGCAAGUGGAGGCUUUUGUUGAAGCAGUUCUGAAACCCUGGUGCCCUCACAGAUGCCAGUGGUUUCCUUCUUUGCUCUGUCUCUGUGUUUGCCCCAAGUGCGUGUGAGCUACUCUUGUCCUGAAAGCUGCUAUUAAAUAUUUGAUUUCCUUUGUAAGGCUGUGCUGGUCUCUCUUGGCUAUUUGGAGCCAAAGGUUCCUCCCUGCCAGUGCAGUGUAAAAGCACAGGGGACAGCUUCUCUGUACACCAAGAGUUGGUGCAGAGUCCACAAAUUAAACUGAACCAUAAUAGUUGGUCCAUAAAUCAUGCUAAGCCACAAUACAUUUUUGCUUCUUGCUAUGUGUCCCUCCUGAGCAACAGAAAUGGGCAUUUUAUUGAUUGGGAAAGCAAAGGCAGCCUUUGUCUAUGAGGAGACCUAAUGGGCAGAGCUGCUGCCAGUCCAUCUAGAGAAUAGCCAGGCUGCGAGAGGUUUGGCGGACUGCAUCCUUCAUAGGUUUGCUGAGCUCCCCAGGAUGGCACUGUAAGAAGAACCCUUGCUAGUCUAGAAGAGAUUCUGUCAGCAUCUGUCUCCUGGUGACUAGUUGAUUUUUUUUCCCAGCAGGAGGGAAUGACAUUUGCAGGCUGGUUCUCCCUGAUAUUGCAGAUGUUUUCUAAACUUUGCUCUUUCAUUAAUCAUCCCAGAUAGCUUGGCUUGGCUUCUGCUACAGACAUCUGACAAAGGACAGAGCUGGUCAGUUUUUGUUCUGGUUAGCUUUUGGUUUGCAGCAAGAUCAGGGCUUGGGUGAGGGGGAACUUCACACAUUCUGAUAAAAAUUUGACCAAAUCCGAUGUUGACUGACCAUGAUUACUUUGAUUUAUUAGAUUCAUAUGUUGCAGCCAAUAACAAAUAAAGUUAUAACCAGAA